AUGUCUUUACUAACCCUCCCAAAUGAAUUACUCUUCUGCAUCGCUACCCUCCUCCUCCCAUCGGUACAAGAUGUGGAUUCUGUCGCCAAAGCAUCUAAAAUCCUGUACGCAAUCGCUAACCCCAUUCUCUACCAUCGCCAAAUCUUCCAUCAAGAUAGCGCAGCCUUGAUAUGGGCUGCCCAACAUGGCAAAGCAGACCCCUGCAACCGCCUGCUGCAAGAAGGCGCCAACCCCAACACCCACGAUCUGCAGCACAGAACGCCCCUUUCAUGGGCCGCCAGAAACGGUCACACCGAGGUCUCUACCAUUCUUCUGUGCGCGGGGACGAUAGACCCGAAUGCGCCUGACGCGCAUCUCCAAACUCCGCUCGCCUGGGCGGCAGGGCACGGCCAGCCUUCUCCAUUCACGGUGUUCGAUUCGCUCAGGCCAACAACAACUACGGAUGCCAUGCAUUCAAAGGCGGGCGAUUACCUUGCCAUCGUGAAACUAUUACUAUCAGCGAAAGGGAUCCAGCCGGAUUGCCGGACCGAGCGCGGGGAAACACCCCUUAUGGCUGCUGCAGGCGCGGGAGCAGAAGAUGUAGUAGAGGAGCUUCUGCGCACGGGGAAGGUAGAGGCAAACGGAAAGGAUAAGUUCGGGCAAACGCCGCUCCUGGCCGCAGCCCUGAACGGCCAUCUCGGGGUCGUCCAGCGCCUCCUAGCAGUUGAAGGUGUGGACGCGGACGCCCGAUCCCAGUGCGGAGAGACCCCACUCUUGGCCGCCGCGAGGACCGGACAGGCGCGCAUCGUGAAAUUGCUUCUUGCCAUCCCUACCAUAGAGCCUGACCAAGAGCCGAAUUUUGGGAGCCGGGCCCUGUUAACUGCUGUUGAGGCUGGGUACACGGAUGUGGUGGAGGCGCUUCUUACCCACGAGAAGGUUGAUCCAAGCUUGCCAAGUAAACACGGCAUUACGGCACUCGCGAGUGCGGCGCAACUAGGACGGACGCAUAUUGUGCGGUUACUGCUUGCGAAGGGGUCCGACCCGGAUAGGAAGGACAGGAAGGGUAUGACACCGCUUAUGCUCGCGGCUGAGAGGGGACAUGUCGAGGCAGUUGAGCUUUUGCUUUCUACUGGUCGGGUACACACUGACUUCGACUUGACAAAGAUGAAUCGGUCGUCUAUCUUUGCACCGUCGAAGUUGAAUGAGGAUGUUGUGAGGGUGUUCGAUGAUUAUAAGAGCCGAUAUCGAGGUGGCUCCUCGCUGGAUUCUUAA